AUGGCCGCUCCAACCCCUGCUGCGAGGCACGAGCUGCUGCCUGGGCUCGCGCGUGGCCUACGCUGCUGGCAGCCAGCUCCGCCACCGCCUGUGCCUCGCGCGUGGCGGACGAUGCUGGCGACGAGCUCCGCCCCGCCCCGCCAUGGCUCGCCCGCGCCGGCGACCUCCGCCCGCCACGGCUCGCCCCCGCCCGGCGACCUCCGCCCCGCCCCGCCCCUGCCCGGCGACCUCCGCCCCCGCCCCCGCCCCCGCCCCGCCGUGGCACGCCCCGCUUCGUGCCCGCCCCGCCAUGGCUCGCCCCGCGCCGGCGACCUCCGCCCGCCACGGCUCGCCCCGCCCGGCGACCCUCCGCCCCGCCCCGCCCUCGCCCCGGCGACCUUCGACCCGCCCCGCCCCGCCCCGCCGUGGCGCGCCCCGCUCGUGCAAGCUCGCCGGGGCGGCGGCUUCUUGGCGAGCGGCAUGGUGGCCGGCAUGCGCGACGCGGCGUGUCAUGGCGCGGGCGCGGGCACGAGCACACCCGUGGUCGACGCGGCUCCGUCUAUGCACGCUCGUGCCCGGUCCCGAUCCGUGGGCCGACGCGGCCGACCGGAUGGAGGCGCGGCCCCAUUCCUCGCCUCGAGCACGGCCCCGUCCGCCGCCGCGGCCCCCGUUCGAUGCCGCCGGCGUCGCUGCAAGCUCGCAGCGGGCGCUGCCCGUUCGACGUCGCCGGUGCGGCUCCAAGCUCGCCGGGGGCGCGGAGCUUGUUUCGCCUCCGGCGACUUCCGGCGGGUGUGA